AGCUUUGGCUGUCAGAGUGGAGCCUGUGGACAGCUGCAGGAAGGGGCAGCAGAUGGUACUUUGGGUAUGGCUCAGAGAAGAGAGCUAAGUAGCAUGCACAUUGGCUGGAUGCUGUCAGAUUUACCUUAGGAUGCCCAUUGUGAUGUCAUAUGAAGUCACAGCCUUGAGGCAGAAAACGCUGGCUGAGAAGAGCAUGGGGUUGAGAAAUGGCACCAAUUUGGGGGAUGGACGUCCCACUGCCAUCAGAUAUCAGCCUUCUAUUAUUGUUUGUUUAUUUUAUAUGGGGGCUUUGGACACUGUUUUCCAGGAAUCGGAGCCGGAAGCAGGUGGCAGCCAAGAUAAACUCAGAGACUUCAAAGCAGCAUAGAUUGAAAAAGAUCCAGAAAUUAACAGAUCCACAGUGGGAAGAAAACCUCAGGAUGGGUUGCACUGAAGCUAACCUGACAUGUGUUUCAGAACUCCCUGUGGGCUGGACCCAGGAAUAUAUACUCUGGUCAAUGGAGCGGAGCCUUCAACAGAUCUUCCGAUACCUAGAAAGCGCAAGAUCAAGGCUUAUGGAACAGGAUUUGCCUGAAUCACAGGAUAUGAUUUCUUCCUCUACCACCUCUGUUCUUGUGGCUCAGAAGACUGUUCUAUGCUGUUGUGACUAUAAGAAAGCAAAACAUUCUACUGACCACAGCAUCUCCUUUAGUUCAUCAUGCAAUGACUCCAGUCUGUCUCAUCUUCCUGUCUUUUCUGAAGGAACAACUUGGGAAUUCCAGAGCCAUAGUUUACCUAUUUCCCACAAAAAGCAAUCCUCUGUGUUCAGGAACCAAGGCACAACCCUGCCUCUUUUUCAGCUCUCAGAGCCCCAGAAAUCAAAACUUUUUCAGAAUUUGGCAGAUCUUUCACCCUUACAACCUCAGAGCUCUUUUAUCAACUCUAUUUCUGAACCCCUAAAUAUCUGCAAACAAAAAAGGAAAAAAAAUGAUGACAGAAUGAGCAAGAGUCAUUUGACAUCAGAUCAUGAGCCAAAUUCUGUUUCCAAGGAGAGACCACGACUUCCAAGGUGGGCUACAUUCAAGCUCUCUCCUUCAGUUAGAAGGGAGCUAGAAGGACAUAUGUCUCAGAAGGUUUUUGCUUUGCGGCAACAAACAGCACCUUUACCUUUGAGGAAAUCAUGGGCAAUGCUGAAUUAUAUAACUGAAGUACAAGUAGGAGUUGCUGAAUCAGAGAAACCCCAAACUCAGUUAUCUAUGCCCAUUCAUCAAAACACUGAGCAAAAUAUCAACAACAAAUCCUCAGACCUUCCAUCAUUUCAGCUCCAUGUGAAUGCUGGAGUGGGAUCUGGAUCAAAUAGCACAGAAACAAAACUUUCACAGUCACUUAUCUCAGAUAAGCAGUUACAACCUGGGGAUGGCCCCCAAAUCCUUGGAUUCAAGCCUUUAGUUACAUCAAUGGGCAGUCUACCUCCAAGAAGUUUAGAACUUAAUGUAAUUCAAGAGGAAACUCCUUUACUGAAGAAUGAUCCAAAACAUGUGCUAGAGCUUAGUAUAGAGGAGAGGGUCAUAGGUUUUCCAGAAAAAAGGAUACAGCAGCACAAGACACAAGUGACUAAUGUGGAGUUGACCCCAAGGCUAUCAUAUCAAGUCAAAGAUAGCCUAAAGGUAACUCCAUUGGCACUACUUCGGGUCAUGGAUUCAAUGGGGAUGAUCCCAGAAUCACAUUCAGAAUUUGCGGGUUUGUUCCCACAGCUGCCAAGUCAAGUUGUGAAACCAAUGGAAACCAUGGAAACAGUGAGCAUAACCCCCAAACCACCAAAUCAAGUCAUUCAAUCAAUGGAGGCAGCCCCAAGGUCUCAGCACCAAGUUAUGGAAUCAGAGAGGGUGGCCACAAGAUUACUGAAUCAAGUCACAGAUAAUAAGAAAGUAACUCCUGUAGCACUGCUUCAAGUUAUGGAUUCUAUGGGGAUGAUUAACAAAUCACAUCCACGUAUAGAAUCAGUGGGAACGACUCCAACACCACAAUAUCAAGUCAUAGAGUCAGUGAAAAUGAACACAUUGUUGAACCAUCAAGACACAAAACCAGAAAAGAUGAAUCUAAAGCCACAACAUGCAGUUACGGAAACUGUGGAAAUGAUGCCAGGGCCACAGCAUAAAGUCAUGGAAUCUGCAGGCAUGACCUCAGGGUCACAAAGUCAAGUCAUGGAACAAGGAAAGGCUACUCCAGGGCUAAUAUGUCAAGACACAAAAUCACUGGAAAUGAUCUCAGCACCAUUACAUCAAGUCAUGGGUUAUGUGAAAGGAAUUCCAGUGGCACUAUUACAAGCCAUGGAUUUCAGGGAGAUAAUUCCACCAGCACAGCCACAUGUUAUAGAAUCUGGGGGCUUGACCCCAAGUUCACAGUUGCAAGGUAGGAGAUCUGUUCAUCUGGUCCUACCACCAGAGUUUCAAGAUAUAAACACUGUGGAGCUGACCCUAAGACCGCCAACGGAAGAUACAAAAUCUGCGGAGUUGGCCCCAAAGCCAUGGUUACACGAUGUCAGAUCUGAGAAGGUAGCCCCAGUACUAUUGCUUGAAGAUGUGAAAACUCCUCAAAUGGUAGAAUGUAGGAGGUCAAUUCCUGAGACACAGGUGCAAGGUAUGAAAUAUGGGGAACUGAACAAAGGGACACAAUUUAAGGAAGUAAAAGCUGCAGAGAUGAGCCCCAAACAAAAUCAUGAAGCCACAGAGCCUGAAAGAUUGACCCCAUGGCAUCAAGCCUCAGAAUCUUUAGAGAUGAUUUCCGGACCAGGAUAUCAAGGAAAAGAAGCAAAGUUGACCUCUAACAACUGUCACCAAGUGGAAAAAUCUACUGGGUUGACACAACCAUCUUUAGGAACUAGCCCAGGGCCACUGAGCCAAACUUCAGAAUCUGUGGAGAUGAGCUCAGUGUCAUUCCAAGACAUUCUCAAGACAAUGCACCAACUUGGAAAAGCAAUGGGGGAAACUCCAGUAUCACAACACACAACAAAAGAAUCUCUGGAUUUGAUACCAGGAUCAGAAAUGCAAAGUGUGAAAUCAGAGGGGGUGACCACAGAGCCACAGCCCCAUGAUAUGAAGUUUGUUUACUGCAAUCUAGGGCCAUGUUCAGAAGUUACUGAGUUGUCAAAGAUACCCCCUAUGUCAGAAUAUAAAGAAACUGUGGGGUUGGCAUUGCCUCAAGUUGAUAAGACCCAGGGGGUCAUCCCAGUACCACCACAUUCAGAAACAGGAUUUUUGGAGUUGACUCUAGGACCAGGCACUCAAUAUGAGAAAUCAGAGCCACUACUGCAAAAUUUGAAAUCUAUGGAGUUAACCAGUGAGUCAUCUCCAUUAUUGAUAGGAUCUAAAAAGUUAAUUACAGAACAAAAACCACAUGUUAUGGACCUGACCCCAGGGCCACAGCUCCAGGGAGAAAAGUCUAAGCAGCUGGAUCUAGAGUCACAGUUGCAAGAUAUGAAACACAUGAAUUUAAUCCAACAGUCAACUACAGGAGUGGUAGAAUCUGAGGAGAUGAUGCCAGAGCUACCGCUACAAAGUAUGCCAUUGGAGGAUUUGACUAAGAGGGAAGAGUUCCAACGUGUAAAAUCUGUGGAUUUAAAUCUAGGCCCAUCUCAGCCAAGUGUCAAAUCUUCUGGAUUGACCUCAGGGCCACAGUUGCCAAGUGUCAGAUUUUCAAAGAUAUUUCCAGGACCACUUCUUCAAGGCAAAAAACCUGUAGAAUUAAUCUCACAACCCCCACAUUAUGGUGUGAAAUCUGAUGAAUUGACCUCAGAUUCCCCAGUUCAGGACAUCAAAUUGUCAGAUUUUAUCCCAGAGCCAACACAUCAAAGUGUCAAAUUUGUACAGCUGACUCCAGAAUCACAACCUCAAGAUGUGAAAUUUGUGGAACUAAGCCCAGGACUAUUCUUGCAAGAUGUCAAAUUUUCUGAUUUGAUCCCAGAGCCAAAGCAUCAAGGUUUCAAACAUAUGCAGUUGACACCAGGAGCUCAGCUCGAAGAUAUAAAGUCUCUAGAUUUUGUACCAGAGUCAUCUUUGCAGUCAAGCCAAGGGACACAUAUUGAAGAUAUGAAAUCUGUUCUGUCUACUGAAGGAUCACAGUUUCACAGCAUGAAAUCUGCGAAAUCGACCUCAGAACUACCAUUUCAAAGUGUAAAAUCUGAGGAAGUAAACCUAGGGCCAUGGCAGCAAGAUAUCAAAUUUUCUGAAUUGACUUCAAGGCCAAAGCUGCAAGGUGUCAAUUCUGCGGAUCAAACUCCAGGAUCAAUGUUUCAUAGUGUGAAUUUUGUAGAGGUGGUUCCAAAGUUAGGGCUGCAAGAUUCCAAAUUAGCAAAGAUAUUUCCAGGAACUCAAAGUAUGAAACAGGUAGGGCUUAACCCAGAGCUGCAGCGACAAGAUGUCAAAUGUUUUGAUUUAGUACCAGGAACUCAACCUCAAGGUGUGAAAUCUUUAGAGUUAAACUCAGGGCCACAGCUACAAUGUGUAAAAGUUUUAGAGAUGACCCCAGGGCCAAAGAUGCAAGGGGUACCACCUGUGACAAUGGCUCCAGGGCCAGAGGGGGAAAGGGUUAAGCCUGAGUUGUUAGUGCCAGAGCCACUGUUUCAAGGUGUAAAAUAUGUAGCAGGCAACCAAGAACCAAGCCUUGAAGCUGAAGUUUCCUAUAAAUUAGUCUCAGAGCCACAAAUGCCAGAUGCAGAAUCCAUGGAGUUGACUCCUGGGCCACAGUUGCCCAGUGUAAAUCAUUCUGAGUUGACCAGACAACCACAGUUACAAGGUAUUAAAUCUUCUGAAUUGAUACAAAGACCACAGUUACAAAACGUAAAUUCUGUGGAGUGGAGCCCAGUCUUGAAACUUAAAGGUUUCAGAUCUGAAAAGCUAACCUCAGAGCCACAGCUAGAAGAUAUGACAUCUGCGGAAUUAAUCCCAGGGCCACAUUUGGGAGAUGUGAAAACUAUGCAGUUAACACCAGAGCCAGAAUUGGAAGAUGUCAAAUCUAUGACGUUAACCCCAGAGCCACAGGCAGGAGGUGUAAAACUUGAGGAGGUAACCCCGGGCUCAAAGCUUCAAUCUGAGUUGCUGACUUCAGGAUCACAGUUGGAAGAUAUGAAAUCUGUGACCUUAACUCCAGGACCAUGCCUGGAAAGCAUGAAAUCUAUGGAGAUAACUCUAAGUCCACAGCUGGAAGGUGGGAAAUCUGUGGCGAUAACCUUAGGGUCACAGAGAGAAGAUGUUAAAUCUGUGGAAUUCACCCCUGAUUCUGAGCUUCAAGGUGUAAUAUCUGUGGAGUUGACUCCAUGUUCAAGAAUUCAAGAUUUAAAAACUGAGGAGUUGGUCCUAGGUACACAGCUGCAAGAUAUGAAAACUGCUAAAUUAAAACUUGGGCUAAAGAUGCAAGGUGAGAAGUCUAUGGCUUUUGCACCAGGGCCAUUGCUUCAAGGGGUUAAAUCUAUGGAGACGCUUCAAAGGCCUCAGCUACAAAGUGUGAAACCUGAAGAACUGACCUCAGUCCCACAAAUGCAAGAUAUGAAAUUUGUGGAGAUUACUCCAUGUUUAAAGCUUCAAAGUUUAAAAUCUAUAAAGGAGACUCAAGAUCCACAUCUGCAAUGUGUAAAACCUGUAAAGUUGACCCCAUGGCAAAAGAGGCAGGCAGUAAAAUUUGUGAAUAUAACCAGAGGAGAAGAGUUUGAAGAAGUAAAAUCUGUGGAUUUAGCCCUAAAGCAACAGUUUCAAGGGAUGGCACCUGUGGAUUUAACCCUUGAGCCUGAACAGGAUGGUCAGAUAUCUGUAAACUCACAAGAGCAGCAAUGUGUGAAUUUUGAGCAAGUAAAGAAAGGGUCUGAGUCAGAAGGUGUAAUGUCUUUGGAGUUAAUUCCAGAGCCAAAAUCUGAAGGUAUAAAAUCGGUAGACCUCAAGUCUGACCUACAGUCGAAAGGUAUAAAAUCAUCUGAAUUGACUCCAGAAUCAAAUAUGCAAGAUGUAAAAGCUAAAGAGUUCAAACAUGAACCACAGUUGCAAAGUAUGAAAUCUCCCAAGUUGACCCCAGGACCACAGUUGCACCAAGUGAAACCCUUGGGCUCGACUGUAGAGCCACAGAUUCAAAGUGUGAAAAUUGUGGAGUUAAACAAAGAGCUAGAGCUUGGAAGAAUGAAAUCUGUUCAGUGGAUAACAAGACCUGAGUUCCAAGGUCUAAAAUCUGUAGGGUUAAAUCUUGGGUCACAAUCUCGAAGUGUCAAACCUGCAGAAUUGAAACUUUCCAUACAGUUGGGAGAUAUGAUAGCAUCUAAAUUGGUUCUAGAGCCAAAACUUCAAGGUGCAAAACCUAUGGAGUUUAACCGUGGGCCACAGUUGCAGUGUGUAAAAACCUCUGAGUUGUCUUCAGGACCACAGCUGCAAAAAGGGAAAAUGCUAGCAUCCACCUCAGAGCCACAACUUCAAGGUGUGAAAACUGUGGAGUUAAACCAAGACUCACAGCUUACAAGUGUGAAAUCUGUGCAGUCGAUACCAGGACCUGAGUUCCAAGGUGUAAAAACUAUAGGGUUAAAUCUUGGUUCACAAUCUCAAGGUGUCAAACCUGGAGAGUCGAAAUCUUCCAUAGAGUCAGGAGGUGUAAAGUCAUCUCAACUGACUCUAGGGCCAAAACUUCAAAGUGUAACAUCUAUGGAGUUUAACCUUGGGUCACAGUUGCACUUUGUGAAAGCUCCUGAGUUGUCCCAAGGACCACAGCUGCAAAAAGGGAAAAUUCCAGCAUCGACCUCAGAGCCAUAUUUUCAAGGUGUGAAAACUGUAGAGCUAAACCAAGACUCACAGCUUGGAAGUGCGAAAUCUGUGCAGUGGAUAUCAGGACCUGAGUUCCAAGGUGUAAAAACUGUAGGGUUGAAUCUUCGUUCACAAUCUCGAGGUGUCAAGCCUGCAGAGUUGAAAUCCUCCACAGAGUCGGGAGGUGUAAAAUCAUCUGAAUUGACUCUAGGGCCAAAACUUCAAGGUGCAAAACCUGUGAAGGUUAACUUUGGGCCACAGUUGCAAUGUGUGAAAACUCCUAAGAUGUCCCGAGGACCACAGUUGCAGAAAGGGAAAAUUCUGGCGUCAACCUCAGAGCCACAGCUUCAAGGUGUAAAAGAUGUGGAGUCAAACAAAGACUCACAGCUUGGAAGUGUGAACUCUGUGCAGUGGAUACCAGGACCUGAGUUCCAAGGUGUGAAAUCUGUGCUAAAAUGUGGUUCACAAUCUCGAGUUGUCACAACUGUAGAAUUGAAACCUUCAGUACAAUUAAGAAAUGUGAAGUCAUCUGAGUUGACUCCAAGGCCAAAGCUCCAAAGUAUACAACCUUUGACAUCACUCCAGGAACAUCAGUUGCCAGGGCUCAAACCUAUUGCUUUGAAAUCUGGGCUACAGUUGAGAAGUGUGAAAUCAUGUGGCCCAGUUUCAACAUCAAAGCUCUGUGAUAUAAAAUCUAUGGCAUUCAAACCUGGGCUUCAUUCGCAAGAUGUGAAAUCUUCUGAGUUGACCCCAAGACCACAGCUGCACAAAGUGAAACCCUUGGAGGCAUGCCCAGGAACACAGCUGCAAGAUGUGAAGUCUCCAGCGUUUACGCAAGCGCCACAGUUUUCAGGGGUGAAAUCUGGAGUAUUAAGCCAAGAGCUACCAUUACAAAGUGAUAAAACUGUAGCGCUGAACUCCUUACUACACUUGAAAAGCAUGAAAUCAUCUGAAUUGGCUCAUCAGACAGAACUUCCAGGUAUGAAAUCUGAGGAGUUCAACUCUGGGCCACAAUGGCAAUGUGUCAAAUCUUCUAAGCUGAACCCUAAGACAAAGUCCCAAGACAUGAAGUUUAGAGAGUUAAACCCCAGUUCACAAUUGAAAGAUAUCCCAUAUUCUGAUUUGACCACAAGGACCAAGAUUCAAGGUGUCAAAUCUACAGACUUCAAACCUGGGCCACAGUUGCAAGGAGUGAAAUCUUCUGAGUCGAUACUGAAGACAAAGCUUCAAGAAGUGAAAUUAAUGGAAUGCAACUCAGGCCCACGGUUGCAAGAUUUGAAAUCUUCUAGGUUGAUCAUGGGUAUAAAGCGUCAAGACAUUAAAUCUAUGGAUUUCAGUUCUGGACCACACUUACAGACUGUGAAAUCUUCUGAAGUGAUUCCAGGGGGAAAGCUUCAGGGUGUGAAAUCGGUAGAAUUCAAACCUAGUCCAAAGUUACAAAGUGAGAAAUCUGAUUUGACCCUGGGGAGGAAGUUUCCAGGUGCGAAAUCUGUAGAGCUGGAAUCAGGCCCACAGUUACAAGAUAUAAAAUCUUCUGAUCUGAUCAUGGGUAUAAAGCUUCAAGAUGUAAAAUCUAUGAAGUUCAGUUCUGGACAACACUUUCAAGGUAUAAAAUCUUCUGAGGUAACCUCAGGGACAAGGCUUCAAAGUAUGAAAUCAAUGGAUUUCAAUUCUGGACAACAGACACAAAGUGAAAAAUCUUCUGAGUUGAUUCAGGGAACAAACCAUCAAGAUGUUAAAUCUGUAGAAUUCCACCAUGGUCUAAAGUUACAAGGUGUGACAUCUUCUGAGUUAACACCAGAGACAAAGCUUCAAGGUGGGGAAUCUGUGGAGUUCAACUCGGGCCCACAGUGGCAAGAUACAAAAUAUUCUAACUCAAUAAUGGGGACAGAGCUUCAAGAUGUAAAAUCUAUGGAGUUCAGUUCUGGAUCACACUUGCAAGGUAUGAAAUCUUCUGAAGUGAUCCCAGCGACAAAGCUUCAGAAAGUGAAAUCUGUGCUCAUGCCUAGGCCAAUGCGGCAAGAUGUGAAAUCUUCUGAAUUGACUGUAGGUACAAAGGUACAGGAUAGGACAUCUUUGGAGUUAAGCUCAACUUCACAGUUACAAGAUAGAAAAUUAUCUAUGUUGACACCAGGGAUACACCUUCAAGGUGUGAAAUCUGUAGAAUAUAAUCCUGGGGCAAAGUUGGAAGAUAUGAAAUCUGGGUUGAUAAGGCUUCAGACGGUGAACUCUACAGAAGGCAACCAUGACCCAGAAUUGCAGGUUGCAAAACUCUCUAAGUUGGCCUUGGAAUCAAAGAUUCAUAGUGUGGCACCUUCUGAGUUCAAUGCUGAAAAGCUGCAGCAAGAUGAGAAAUCUCAUAAAUUGAAUCCAUGGCCAGACCUUCAAAGUGUAAAAUUUAUGGUGUUCAAUCCUGAGCCACAUCUGCAACAUAGAAAAUCUUCAGAAUUAUGCACAGGGACAAAGCUUCAAGAUGUAAAAUCUAUGAAAUUCAAUCUUCAGCAACAGUUGCAAGGUGUGAAAUCUUCUGAGUUGUGCCUAGGAACAAGGCUUCAAGGUGCACAAUCUUUAGAUUUCAACCCUGGACCACAGUUGCAAGGAACAAAAUCUGCCAAGUUGAAUCCUGGGCCUGAGCUUCAAGGUAUAAAAUCUAAGGUGUUCUGCCUUGGACCACAUUUGCAAGAUGUGAAUUCUUCUGUAUCCAUUCCAGAGCCACCACAUCAGUAUGUAAAUUCUACUGGAAGCAACCGUGGGCUACCUUUGCAAGGUGUAAAUUCUGCAUCCAUUCCAGCACCUAAACUUCAGUGUAUAAGUUCUAAUGGGUGCAUCCUUGGGCCACAUUUGCAAGGUGUGAAUUCUGCAUUCAUUCCACAGCCAAAAGCUCACUGUGUAAAUUCUAUUGGGUGCAACCCAGGGCCGUAUUUACAAGGUAUGAAAUCGCCUGAAUUAACUCCAGUUUCAAAACUUCAAGGUAUGAAGUGUUCUGAAUUGAACCCAGGGACAGAAAUUCAAAGUGAGACACCUAUGAUGUUCAACCCUAUACCACAUUUGCAAGGUUUAAAAUCUGAAUUGACUCCAGGGUCAAAGCUUCCACGUGCAGCACCUAUGGAAUGCAACCCUGGGCCACAGGUGCAGUAUGUGAAUUCUUCUGAGUUGAAUCCAGGGCUAAAAUUGCAAUGUAUAGAUUCUAUGGAGUGCAAACUUGCGCCACACUUGCAAGGUGUAGAAUCAGGGACAAAAUUUCAAGUUAUGAAAUUUUCUGAGUUGUAUCCAGGGCCAGAGCUUCAAGGUAUAAAAUCUGUUGUGUUCAACUCUGUGCAACAUUUACAAGAUGUAAAAUGUGAACUGACUCCAGGGACAAAAUUUCAAGAUAUAACACCAAAGGAGUUCAACUCUGGCCCGCAGCUGCAAGGUAUGAAUUCUGAGGAGUUCCAUUCACACUUCAGGCAGCAUAAUGUGAGAUCUGUGGUAUUUGUACCAGAGCCAUGUUCUCAAGAUGUGAAAUCUGUGAAGUCAACUCUAUGGCCACAACCUCAAAGUGUAAAUUCUUCAGGGUUGACAUCAUGCUUUGGGUCACAAUGCAUUAAAUCUGUGGCCUUUGCAUCGAAGCCAUGCUUUCAAGAUGUAAAACCUAUGGAGCUGACACCAGGGGCCCAACAGCAAGGUAUAAAUUAUCAAGAGUUGACUUCAGGAUGGCAAGAUGUGAAAUCAAUGAUGUUGGCACCAGAGCCAACUAGGAAGUUCCCAUCAGGACCACUGUUGACUAGUGUCAGAUUUUCAAAUUUGUCUCCAGAAUCACAGCAACAGGAUGUGAAAUCUUUGGAGUUUACUGUAGAGCCAAAGUUGCAAAGCGUAAAACAUGUGAAAUUAUCUUCAGUGUCUCUGCAGCAAACUAUAAAAUCUGUGGAAUUAGCACCAGGGUCACUGCUUCAAAGAGUGAAAUAUGGGGAGCAAACUCCAAGAACAAAUUAUCAAAUCAUGGAAUCCUCUGAACUAAUCCCUAGACCAGGGCAUCAGUUUGCAAAAUAUGCAGAGAUGAUCCCACAGCCAAAGUAUCAAAUCCCUAAAUCUGCAAAUUUGAUUUCAAUACCAAUUUAUCACGCCACAGAAUCUUCAGAAAUGGCACAAGGAUUGGCAUAUAAAGGCAUAGAUACUGUAGAGAAAUCUGUGGGGUUGACCCCAAAGCUAACAGGUAGAGCUAAGGAAUCCUUAGGGAUGCUGCUGCAGCCAGAUCUUCAGGUACCAAAAUUUGUUGAUCUGACUCCAAUGGUAAGGGAUCAAGGCUCAAAAUUCUUAGGAUUAACUCCAGAGAAAAGCUACCAAAUCCUAGAAACUAUGGAAUUGCUCUCUCAGCCACGGCCCCAAGUUAAGGAUGUGGGGGAGUUAUAUAUGAAGCCACUGCAGCAAACUGUGGAAUAUGAAGGGAUUACUCCGGAACUCAAGCAUUACUUUACAGAAGCUAUGGGGUUGACCGCUGAGGCAAGGAUACAAGCAAAUGAAUUCUUUGGAAUGACCCCAAAGCCAACAAGUCAAGCCACUGGAUUUGCAGAGAGAUCCCCAAGGCUCUGUCCUCAAAACUUAGAAUGUGUGGAGGUGAUCUCUGAGAAAAGACUGCAAGGGGAAGAAUCUGUGGUAUUGAUUCCAAAGUCAUUACAUCACAUCCCAGAUUCUGCUUCAAGGAUGACACCUGGGUUAGGACAUCGAGUUCCUGAAUCUGUGGAGUUGACUUCUAAGUCAGGAGUGCAGGUAGAGAAAACUUUGCAAUUAACCCCCAAACCACAGCAUCAUGUGGGAUCUCCAGGGAUAAUAUCAGGGUUAGGACAUCAAGUCCCAGAAUCUGUAAAUCUGACCUGUAAGCAAUGGCUACAAAGGGAGGAAUCUUCAGAGGUGCCCCUGAAGCAAACAAGUCAAGUUAUAGGACAUGAAGAAUCUGUAGAGCUCACCUCUGAGGCACGGCAGCACAGGGAGGUAUCAAUGGGGCUAACAAAGUCAAAGAAUCAAAGUAUGAAAUCUCCAGGGACAACCCCAGGACCACUGGGUCGAAUUGUAGAAUUUAUGAGGAUUAGUCCAGAGCCACUAGAUCAAGUCACAGAAUCUGCAAGGACACAGCUUCAAGUUGCUCAAUCUGAAGAGGUAAUCCUCGUAGAUGUCCCAAAAGUUGUUCAAUCUGUGAAAGUGACCCCUGGACCACCAUUUCAAAUUGUAAAGUCUGUGACAAUACCAAGGCCAACCCCUCAAAUGGUAGAAUAUAUUGAGUUGACUCCAAAACUGCAACAUGUGAGACCUUCAGAGCACCACGCAGGGCCAUGUUUGCAAGAUGUGAAAUCUACAAAAUUAAUCACAAAGCCAAAACACCAGAUUUUGGAAACAGUGGAGUUGACAGGGUUUCAAAUUGUAAAAACUAUGUUAAUCCCAGGGCCAUCCCUUCAAAUCGUAAAAUCUGAGGAGUUAGCACCAGGACCAAUUCCUCAGGUUGUAGAACCAAUAGGAGUAGCCCUAGAAUCAGGAAUUGAAGCAAUAAAUUGUGUGGAUUUACUUCCAAGGCCACAUCUUCAAGAACUGAUAGUACCUGCAGAAUUAACCCCAAGGCCAUGUAUUCAAGUGAAAUCUGAAGAAUUAACCUCACCGCAAACAUCUCCAUUUGAGGAACAUACAAUAUUGACUCAUAAACAAGGGCUUCAGGCUGUGAAAUCUACAGUGAUAAAAACAGAGCCUCCUAAAGUUAUGGAAACUGAGGAUUUGAAUCUAGGACACGUGUGUCAGAAUAGGGACUGUCAGAAGUUAACAUCAGAAGAGUUACAAGUAGGGACUGACUUCUCUAGGUUCCUACAAAGCUCUUCAACCACACUCAUUUCAAGCUCUGUCAGAACAGCAUCUGAAUUAGGAGGACUUUGGGAUUCUGGGAUACAGGAAGUAUCCAGAGCUUUGGAUAUAAAAAACCCUGGGACAGAUAUUUUGCAGCCUGAAGAGACCUAUAUAGACCCUACUAUGAUACAAUCUUUAACUUUUCCUUUGGCCCUUCAUAAUCAAAGCUCCGAUAAGACAGCUAACAUUGUGGAAAACCCAUGUCCUGAGAUUCUAGGAGUGGAUGUAAUAUCUAAAGAGACAACUAAGAGGAAGCAAAUGGAGGAGCUAGAGAACUCACUUCAGAGACAUCUACCACAAAGCUGGAGAUCACGAUCUAGGACAUUCCAGGCAGCAUCAGGGGUUCAAAAAGGUCUCAUCAAGUCUUUCUCGGGCAAACAACACAAUGUCUGGGAGAGUCAUGCCUGGAAGCAGCGACUACCAAGAAAAUAUCUCUCCACUAUGCUAAUGCUGGGGAAUAUUUUAGGGACCACUAUGGAAAGGAAGCUUUGUUCUCAAACAUCUUUAGCAGAAAGAGCCACUGCAGAUACCUGUCAAUCUAUUCAGAAUUUAUUUGGGAUUCCAGCUGAACUGAUGGAACCUUCCCAGAGCCUGCCAGAGAAGGGUCCAGUUACUAUUUCUCAGCCUUCUGUGGUCAAAAACUAUAUUCAGAGACAUACUUUUUAUCAUGGUCGUAAGAAAAGAAUGGCCUUAAGGAUAUGGACACGUGGCUCCACAUCUUCCAUAAUACAGCAAUACUCUGGGACUAGAGUGAGAAUAAAGAAGACAAACUCAAGGUUCAGUGGUAUAUCCCAAGACGUCAUUCAACAUAUGCCUGUCUCAUGUGCAGGGGGCCAGCUUCCUGUCCUGGUAAAGUCAGAGUCUUCCCUCAGCAUAUUUUACGAUAGAGAAGAUCUUGUUCCAAUGGAAGAAAGUGAGGACUCACAGAGUGAUUCCCAGACAAGGAUUUCUGAGUCCCAACACUCCCUCAAGCCAAAUUAUCUUUCCCAGGCUAAGACUGACUUCUCAGAACAGUUCCAGUUGCUACAAGAUCUGCAGCUAAAAAUAGCAGCAAAACUCUUAAGGAGUCAAAUACCCCCCGAUGUGCCUCCACCUCUAGCUUCAGGUCUAGUCCUAAAAUACCCUAUCUGCCUACAGUGUGGCCGAUGUUCAGGACUUAAUUGCCAUCAUAAAUUACAGACCACUUCGGGGCCUUAUCUUCUUAUCUAUCCACAGCUCCACCUUGUACGCACUCCUGAAGGCCAUGGUGAGAUUCGGUUGCAUCUUGGCUUUAGGCUGAGAAUUGGGAAAAGACCCCAAGUCUCAAAGUAUCGUGAAAGAGAUAGAACCGUCAUACGGAGAAGCCCUAUAUCACCAUCACAAAGGAAAGCUAAAAUCUAUACUCAAGCUUCCAAGAGUCCUACUUCCACAGUAGAUUUGCAGUCUGGGCCUUCCCAGUCCCCUGCUCCUGUACAAGUCUACAUCAGGCGAGGACAACGCAGCAGCCCUGACCUAGUAGAAAAGACAAAAACUAGAGCACCUGGGCACUAUGAAUUCACUCAAGUUCACAACCUACCAGAGAGUGACUCUGAAAGCACUCAGAAUGAAAAACGGGCUAAAGUGAGAACCAAAAAGACCUCUGAUUCAAAAUAUCCAAUGAAGAGAAUCACCAAGGGACUUAGAAAACACAGAAAGUUCUACACAAACAGUAGAACCACAAUAGAGAGUCCCUCUAGGGAAUUAGCAGCCCAUUUAAGAAGGAAGAGGAUUGGAGCAACUCAGACAAGUACUGCCUCUUUAAAAAGACAACCUAAGAAACCUUCCCAACCCAAGUUCAUGCAACUGCUUUUUCAGAGCCUAAAGCGGGCAUUCCAAACAGCACACAGAGUUAUAGCUUCUGUUGGGCGGAAGCCUGUGGACGGGACAAGGCCAGACAAUUUGUGGGCAAGCAAAAACUAUUAUCCAAAACAAAAUGCCAGGGACUAUUGCUUACCAAGCAGUAUCAAAAGAGAGAAGAGGUCAGCUGACAAGCUAACACCAGCAGGCUCAACCAUUAAGCAGGAGGACAUAUUGUGGGGAGGAACGGUCCAGUGCAGAUCAGCUCAACAGCCAAGAAGAGCUUACUCUUUCCAACCCAGACCUCUUCGACUGCCCAAGCCCACAGAUUCCCAAAGUGGUAUUGCUUUCCAAACUGCCUCAGUGGGGCAGCCUCUGAGAACUGUUCAAAAGGACAGUAGUAGCAGAUCAAAGAAAAACUUCUAUAGAAAUGAAACCUCCAGCCAGGAGUCUAAGAACUUGUCCACACCAGGAACCAGAGUUCAGGCCCGAGGAAGAAUCCUACCUGGUUCCUCUGUGAAGAGAACCUGGCACCGACAUCUUAAAGACAAACUCACACACAAGGAGCAUAACCACCCCAGCUUCUAUAGGGAGAGAACCCGUCAUAACCCCUCUUGGAGAAACCAUCGCAGUCCCUCUGAGAGAAGCCAACGCAGUUCCUUGGAGAGAAGACAUCACAGUCCCUCUCAGAGGAGCCACCGCGGUCCCUCUAGGAAAAACCAUUCCAGUCCUUCUGAGAGAAGCUGGCACAGUCCGUCUCAGAGAAAUCACUGCAGUCCCCCCGAGAGGAGCUGUCACAGUCUCUCUGAAAGGGGCCUUCACAGUCCCUCUCAGAGGAGCCAUCGCGGUCCCUCUCAGAGAAGACAUCACAGUCCCUCAGAGAGAAGCCAUCGCAGUCCCUCAGAGAGAAGCCAUCGCAGUCCCUCUCAGAGGAGCCAUCGCGGUCCCUCAGAGGGAAGCCAUCGCAGUCCCUCUAAGAGAAGCCAUCGCGGUCCCGCUCGGAGGAGCCAUCGCAGUCCCUCAGAGAGAAGCCAUCAAAGUCCCUCUGAGAGAAGACAUCACAGUCCCUCUGAGAGAAGCCAUCACAGUCCCUCUGAGAGAAGCCAUCACAGUCCCUCUGAGAGAAGCCAUCACAGUCCCUCUGAGAGAAGCCAUCACAGUCCCUCUGAGAGAAGACAUCACAGUUCCUUGGAGAGGAGCCGUCACAGUCUCUUGGAGAGCAGCCAUCGCAGUCCCUCUGAGAGGAGAUCUCACAGGUCCUUUGAGAGGAGCCAUCGUAGGAUUUCUGAGAGAAGUCACAGUCCCUCAGAGAAGAGCCACCUCAGUCCCUUGGAAAGAAGCCGUUGCAGUCCCUCUGAGAGGAGAGGACACAGUUCCUCUGGGAAAACCUGUCACAGUCCCUCUGAGAGAAGCCAUCGCAGUCCCUCCGGGAUGAGGCAAGGGAGGACCUCUGAGAGGAGCCAUCGCAGUUCCUGUGAGAGAACCCGUCACAGUCCCUCUGAGAUGAGGCCAGGGAGGCCCUCUGGGAGGAACCGUUGCAGUCCCUCUGAGAGGAGCCAACGCAGUCCCCUUAAGGAGGGACUCAAGUACAGUUUCCCUGGAGAGAGGCCCAGCCAUAGUUUGUCUAGAGAUUUCAAGAAUCAAACAACUCUCCUCGGGACCACACAUAAAAAUCCCAAAGCAGGGCAAGUGUGGAGGCCUGAAGCUACUCGAUGAGGCGAGGUCCGCCCCUAUUAUUCAUUGUCCUAAGUCUUCAUCGUGCUGCCCUUUCCAGGCUUCUUUCCUGCUCAGCCACUGCCUCCAAUUCCUGCGCCCCCAGCGUGGAAAGGCUUCCAUUUCUCUCUGCCGGGGGGGAGGCGGGUGAGAAUGGGUCUGUAAUUUCUCUAAGAUGAAUAAAGGGGCAGUAAAUGAU